AUGGCAAUGGGGGAUUGGAAUGUAUGCUUUUGUUUUUCCAUUAAGUUGUAUUCCAUUACUUGGAUGUUUAGCUCAUAUGAUAUAUCGUGCAAGAACAACGAAGAAUGGAAGCAAUUAAAUCAUGAAUUUGUUCAACUGUUUAAUAAACAAAAUUUCAAGAAAUCAUUUAUUAAUUUAUUCUGGGAAAUUGAUUUUGUUGGUAUGAUAUUAUUCAUGGUUUCUUUAAGUUGUAUUUUAGUUCCUUUCACUAUUGCUGGUGGUGUUAGAACUCAGUGGCAAAGAGCUGCUAUUAUUGUUCCGUUAGUUAUUGGAUUUGUAUUAAUUCCUAUUGCAAUUGUCUGGGAAGCUAAAUUUGCCAAAGCUCCUAUCAUGCCAUUACAAUUGAUGAAAGAUAGAGGAGUAUGGGCUGCUAUCUGUAUUGCCAUGUUAGUUUAUUGGAUUAGAGAUAUGCCAGGUGAAGCACUUUACACAGUAUUAGUUGUUGGGUUGAAUUCUUCAACCAAAGCUGCUACAAGAAUUACUAGAUUAUUUGUCUUUGUUGGUACAUCAGUUGGUCUAGUCUUGGGAUUGAUUGUUACUAGAAUUAGAAGAGUGAAACCAUUUAUUGUUUUUGGAUCCCUUACAUGGUUUGGUGCUAUGGGUAUUCUUCUUCACUAUCGUGGUUCACUUGAUGGAAUCAAUCACAAAAGUGCUACAGAUGGUAUCAUUGGUGGUCUUUGUCUCAUGGGUUUUGGUGCUGGUUUAAUUAAUUUUACUACUAGAGUGGCCAUUUCAACGGUUACUAAUCACGAAUACAUGGCAGUUAUGAUUUCAUUUUAUUUAGCUAGUUAUUCAAUUGGAUCUGCUAUUGGAUCAGCAGUAGUUGGUGCCAUAUGGACCCAGAGAAUGUAUGAUACUAUUUUGAGAAGGAUGAAUGAUUUGGGUCUUCCAAAUGCACAAGAAUUGGCUCAAGAUGUAUAUGAAAGUCCAUUUGAUUUCAUUAAGGAACACACAUGGGGAACUCCAACAAGAAUUGCUGUUGUUUUGGCAUAUAGUGAGAUCCAAAGGAUUCUUUGCAUAGUAGGAUUGGCUCUUUGUGCUCCAAUGUUGUUUGUCACUUUAUGUUUAAGAGAUCAUAAAUUAGAAUCUGUUCAAUCUUUAGAAGAAGGUGAAAGAUAUGCUGGUAAUGGCAAACAAGUAGAUGUUGUUGUUAACAGAUAUGAUGAUGAUAUUAUCUUGAAUUACCUUAAAAAGUUAGUAGGUAUUAAAAAGAAGGAAAAGAAACCAACUGAAUCUAAUGGUGAACCAUACUAA